AUGUCAACCUCAGUCCCUCAAGUCCAUACUUGGGCCCCUCAGGUGACGGACGAGGCUGAGGAAGAGAACUCACUGGACCAGCUGAUCUCCCAUUCAGGCUGUGCUGCCUUCCAUUAUGCUGUGCAGGAGUGCAUGACUCGGCAUCAGGACUGGCAGCAGUGCCUACCACAGGUGCAGGCCUUCAGGGACUGCAUGGGUGAGCAGCAGGCACGGCAGUGGGAGGAGUUACAGAGGUCAAAAGAGCAAGCCAGUGCUCACUGCUGA